CCUAAAAGCAAGCACUGAACCCCCCCAGCCCCCUUCUGACCCCCCCACAGGCCCUCUGUUGCUCCCCCAUCCCAGGGCUCUCCCGUUGCGUUCCCCGCUCCCCAGGCUCUCACUGUGUGCCCCAUCCCAGGGGGUCUCUUGUCUGUUUGGGGGUCUUUCCCAUUGCAUCCCCCCCCUCCAGAAGUCUCUCCCUUCCCCAUCCCCGGGGGUCUCACCCACCGCCUUCCCCAACCCCCAGGGGUUUCUCCCCCUCCCCUCCUCACCCCCAGGCCUCUCUCCCAUUCUCUCCCAUUGCCCCCAAAGCCCCUCCCGGAGCCUCCCACCAUUCCUGGGCUCCCUCCCAAUGCCUGGGGGUCUCCCCCAUCCCCACCAAUCCCCCCCUUUUCCCCCAGCCUCUCUCCCAUUCCUUACCCCGUUCCCAGGCUCUCUCCCAUCGCCCUUCCCACCUCCACACUUCGCUCCCGUUGCCACCCCAGCCCCCACACAGCUCUUCCAUUGCCCCCCCCACGCACCCAGGGCCCCCUCCCCAUUUGCACCCCCACCCCUGGGCUCUCCCAUCACGCACCCCAUCUCUGGGGGUCUCUCCCAUCGCCCCCUCAGCCCCCAGGCUUUCUCCCAUCGCCCCCCCCCGGUCCUGGGGGUCUCUCCAUUGCCACCUUGGUGCCCAGGGGUCCCUCCCAGUGCCUCCCAAAGGCUCAGGGCUCUUUCCCCCCCCCCGUGGUCUCCCCCAUCGCAUGCCCCACUCCCAUCUGGCCUCACAGGUGGUGGUGCUCUCCCCCAUUGCAUCCCCCCACCUCCACAACUCUUCCCCUUUCCUCCCACAGCUCCCCCCCAUUCUUUACCAAAGCCCCUGGGCUCUCCCCCAUUGUGUGCCCCACAGCCCAGGGCUCUCUCCCCCUUUCCACCCCAGUCCAUGGGGGUCUCUCCCAUCUCACAUCCCAUUCCGGGUGGCUGGGCUGUUUGUCAUCCCCCGCCCCCCAGGGUCUCCCCCGUUCCCUUCCCCAAUUCUUGGUGCUUUCUCCCCUUCCCCCCCAUCAUGGGGGUCUCUCCAUUGCCACCUCAGCCCCCAGUGUUUCUCCCAUUGCCCCCACUGCCCCUCGUGCUCUCUCCCAUUGCUCCCACCAGCACCUGGGGGUCUUUCCCGUUGCCCCCCACCCCCAGGGCUCUCUCCCAUCACCCUUCCCACCCCCCCGGUUCACUUAUCACCACCUCAGGGACGUUUUCCCUUCGUCCCUCCCAUUUCAGCACGUAUCCCCUUUCCCACUCCAUUCUUUUGGCUUCCCUAUUGUCCCCCCCACCUCCAGAAGCCCCCUCCCUUCCCCUCCUCACCCCUUGGUGUCUCUCACACCCCACACCUGAGUUCCCCAGGGGCUCCUCCUGUUUCCUUCCCUACAUCCCAGGGCUUCUCUCCCCAUCUCCCCCCCUCAUCCUUAGGCUCUCCCAUCGCAUCCCCAAACUUUGGGUGGGGGGGGGGGUCUCUCCCACCCCUCAUUUCCUCUCCCCCUGAGCCCCGUUUGUC